AGAAAUCCAACAAGAUGGGACGCUACGCCAAGGAACCUGAUAAUCCAGCGAAGUCGUGCAAGUCACGCGGAUCGAACCUCCGGGUGCAUUUCAAGAACACCCGCGAAACGGCGCUAGCCAUCAAGAAGAUGCCGCUGCGUCGCGCCCAGAAGUUCCUGAAGAACGUCUGCGAGAAGAAGGAGUGCGUGCCGUUCCGUCGCUUCAACGGGGGCGUCGGCCGUUGCGCCCAGGCCAAGCACUGGAACACGUCCGUCGGUCGCUGGCCGAAAAAGUCCGCCGAGUUCCUGCUGCAGCUGCUCAAGAACGCCGAGGCGAACGCCGACUACCGCGGUCUGGACGUUGACCGGCUCGUGGUGGACCACAUCCAGGUGAACCGCGCGCCGUGCCUGCGCCGCCGCACGUACCGCGCCCACGGUCGCAUCAACCCGUACAUGUCGUCGCCGUGUCACAUCGAGCUGUCGCUCACCGAGAAGGAGGACGUCGUGACCAAGACCGCGGAGAGCGAACCGGCGAAGAAGAAGCUGUCCAAGAAGAAGCUGCAGCGGCAAAAGGAGAAGAUGAUGCGCAACGAGUAAGGGGUCGUUGGGGUUUCUCUUUUUAAGGCUUAAGUUUUCUGGACUGGAAGUGUGCUGUAAAUGCGAGGAAAGAAGUUCCGAGAAUACAAAGUUGGAAGGCGUAAGAAAAGUAA